CGCUGCAGACGCCCAAAGAUUUUUUAGUUUCGCCAUAUUCCGUUUAGACAAGCGCUGCAAUCGCUCGCAGAUUUUUUAGUUCAUAUUCUGUUUAGGCGGGCGUUUCAUAAACUUUCAGGUUAUGUUUGUGAUGAGUUAAAGUAAAGAAAUAGGAGCAAAUUAGACUGUUUAGCAGUUUAAAUAAGAAAAAUGGUUGUGGAAGGAUUGAACGAAUAUUUGGAAACUUUAGCUGGCUAUGUUUUUGACAAUGAUAAAUUGGUUACUUACAAAUGGUUGAGUAAAGAGCUGCAAAUCCAUGUUAAUAUAGCAAAACAAAUCUUAUGGGAAUUCUAUCAAAAAUAUCACAAAGACAAUAUUGAAUGCACACAUCUACUAAUAGGUCACCUAAAAGACAAUGGAAUGCGUAUGGAAGUUGUCAGAGACUCUGCUUUAUCAAAGGCCAAAGAAAAAUUUAGCAAACUUAUUUCAGAGCAUCUCUAUAGUGUGCACAAGCCUCUUGGUGAUCUUAAUUUGCUUGCCAGUGAAUUUUCUGGCACUGGAGAUAUAAAUUAUAGCGCAAUAAAAUGUGAUGCUUGCAAAGUACGAAGUGAUGAAGAAAUGUAUUUACUACGUUGGGGUACAGCUACAAAAACAUUUACAAUGCAAGAUGUAAAUUCAAAGCCCACAGAUCUUAUAAAUUCAUCAAAGUCUGAGAAAAAUUCAACCAAGAAAAAUAAAUUUAAUAAUUUUUUUAAUAUGCCUGGAAAAUCAAAGAAUUCUGAAGAAUUGAAAUCAUCCUGUCAGAAGGAGGAUGAAAGUUUAGCAGAGAAAGGUAAAAACUUUUUGAAGAAAAAAGACUCGAUGAAAAUAAAUAGUUGCUCAACAGAAAAAAAUAAGAGAAGAUUAAAAAAUUCUAAAAAGAAGAAGGAAGACUCCAAAGUUAAUUCUAAAAAAGUAUCUCCUAAAAGCAAUUCUGUGAAGAAAGAAGGCUUAGAUAAUUUCUUCAAGAAGCUCACAUCUCCUCCAAAGCCUGUAGAAAUUGUAUCAUCGGAAGAAAAUGAUAAAGUUAAGAAGACAUCUAUCGAAAAAGGAAAAACUAAAGAAAAGAAUAAUUUACGUGGAAGGAAACGAAAUCGAAGCAAAGAAACAAAUGAAAAUGCCAAGAAACGGAAGAGAGUUUUUGUUGAGAGUGAUUCUAGCGAUUCAGAAGCACAAAGUGAUGUAGAAAUGGAAGAGUCAAUUCCUGAACCAGAGCCUGAGCCUCCUGCAAAAGCAAAGAGUCCUUCUCCACCAAGAAUAAAACAUGAAAAUGGCAAAAGAAAGGUUCUAAAAUUAGUUAAUAGAACUUAUAAAGAAGGUGAUUAUAUUGUGACAAAGAAAGAACAUAUGUAUGUGAGCUGUUCAGAGGAUGAGGAGGAGAAAAAAGAGGAAGAAAGAAGAAGAAAUGUGAAGAAAGUGGAACCUAAGAUGGAGAAAAUAAAGAAAAAACAAUCCACACUAACAGAUUUCUUCAAGAAGUCUUAAAUAUGUGUAUUAAAUUUUGAAAUUAUUUAAUUAACUCAAUUUUUGUUUGUAUAAUAGA